AUGCCAGCCCCAACGUACGCCCUAGCCAAACGUCUGAACCAUAUUUUGACUCCAUGCGUCCCGAGUAGGUAUAACCUACAUUCAUCAGCAGAAUUCCUUGAAGAGAUUCGUGACUCCCCAGAAACAGGUAUCAUCGCCUUGCUGGACGUGGAAUCAUUGUUUACAAACGUCCAAGUUGAUGAAACUAUAGACAUGGUUUUAGACCGUGUCUAUAGGGACCAAUCAACCCCACCACUUAACAUCCCUGAAGCUGCCUUGCGGGCCCUCCUCGAGAUUUGCACGAAGAAAGCCCCCUUCUCCACCCACAGAGGCCAGAUGUUCCACCAGAAGGAUGGUGUAGCGAUGGGAUCCCCUUUGGGCAUUCUAUUCGCCAACUUUUACAUGGGAACAGUGGAGGUAAGAGUCUUCGGGCAAAUACAACGUCCCCGCAAGUAUGCAAGAUACAUAGACGACAUCUUCGUUCAAGCCGACGAUGAGGAAUAG